GUUCGUUAAACCACUCAUUCAUUCACUCAUUCAGUCUAUGGCUGUAGUCUAUGAGUGAGUGAGAGAUACACAGAGUCUACGCGAGAAUAGCAUUGAAUUGUAUGCAAAAACAGGUGAUUAUUUGCAGGCAUUUAAUGAUAACGACUGCCAGUGUGUGCGUCGAUGGCAUUCAUUGACCAUUACAUCCAUACAUAACCAUAUCGUCCACCCGUUUGGCCAUCCAUUGGACGCCACUUCACGACACCAGUCAUACCAUCAGUAUUUAGUCCAUCAUAUCAUUCAAUAUUAACCAUCGAUUGAUCAAAAUUUGUGCUCAAAAUAUAUUUCUAAUUGAAUUGAUUUUUUGCUGCGAAACCCGUUUUAAAGCCAAUUACGAUGUGUUUGUGUUGUGUUGACUGACCUUAACAUUCAAUACAUCAGAGACGUUCAUUGCCUGCAAAAGCCAACGAUUGUCACAACAAUAAGACAACUGAUCCGUGAAUUGAAUGUCAGAGCCGAGAGACUAAAGCAUUGGAUGUGAUGUUCACUCAAACGAAACCAAAUCUCACUUUUAUUUUAAUAUUGUUUUAGAAGAAUAAGAAGAAGUGAUACCAAAGAAACGCCAAAACAGUAGUUCAAACACAACUGAUUGACUGACGAGUGAGCGCUUAGUGACAGACAAAUGUCCAGAAGCGGAGCUCAGAGUCUAUUUAUUGUCCCAUUAGUGGUAGUGUUUGUAUUGAAUCUAAAAUCACUGCCAACUCUUUGUAAUCAUAUCCAACCGAUUCACACGAAUGAACAAAAUAUGGAUCAAAUGAAUGAUGACAUUCCGUGGCGUCAAAUAAAGUUCAUUUCUCCGCAACAAAGUGUGAGUCAAAGUCAAUGGCAUUCAGCCAUUCCGGUCUUCAGUGGCAAAGGUAUGGAUCACUUGUAUCUCUUGACGCAAUAUGUGAUCGAUUUGUUGCAAUCGCCGGGACUUCCGUCGAGUAUUAUCAAAGAUGAACUCUUUGACGAUCCCAUACCUGUUCUCCAGCACAACAAAGGGAAGUUGAUAACCCAUUUUUGGGGACUUAUAUUGACUUCGAUUGUGAUAUUAAGUGUGGGAAUCGGUAUACCAUUGAUUGGAUUUAUUUGUUGCUGUUGUUGCGGUCCAACGGAUAAGCGCUCGAGACGUGCCAAACAUAGCCGAAGCUAUACCUCUUCGUCGAGUAGCUCUCCGUCGACCAGAAGAAGUGGACACAAGAAGAAGCGAUACAAAGUGGACGGUGUCUGCGAUCCAUGCGUUCGCAGCAUAAGUGCUGUCAAACUCUUUGUGCUGUUAUUAUUGAUGGCAUUCUUCGUGAUCUGUGCCUUCGUUACCAAUGAGUACAUCCGUACAGGUGUUAAACAAAUGCCAAAAGCACUCAAUCAAUCGACAGACGAUUUGAUGCUUUAUCUUAAUAACACUCAACUCGAAGUCAAUACACUUUUGCGAACAAAUUUCGAUCAAUUGGAACACGAAUUGAGUGAUAGUCUCGAUAAAAGUGGUCUAAUUGUCAAAAACAGAAUCGCUAUCCUCUCAGAAGCGGCCGCUUUAGACAAUUUGACAGAUAUUGUCUCCAAGUUGGGAUCUGUUUUGGAAGAUCUGAAGACUCUAUCGGGCGAAACGACUGAACUCCGAUUACUGACCGUUCAGUUGCAGUCGAGACUCUCUAGAAUUAAAGAAGAUUUGGAUAAGUUUCUGCAGCAAUGCAGAGACAGAGUAUGCACUGAAUUGAAAUUCAAAUACAACAGAGUAAUGGAGUCGUUCUCAGUGUCCACUCGGAUCGACGAUUUGCCCGAUUUGAAAGGAAAGGAGGCUUUCGAUGAAAUUAGUUUCAAAAUUCAAGCGACUGUUAAUCACACGAUUCCCGACAUUAAGAAACAGAUUAGAGCCGUAGGUUUGGAUUUGGGUUUAGUGGCCGACGAUAUUAACCAAGUGUUGAGACGACCGUUUGCUGAUUUGGCUAAAGUUAAAUCCAAUGUCUAUACGGGACAGACAUAUAUCGAGAAAUACGAAAUCUAUCGAUGGUACGCCUGUUUGGCCGGCGCUUCCAUACUAUCCCUAAUACUCAUUCUCUAUUCAUUUGGAUUGUUAUGCGGUGUUUGUAAUCAACAGCCGACUCGUCAUAACUAUAAGUGGCGUUCAAAGUCUUCGUCGCGUUUCUUCUGUUGUGGAAUUGUUUUAGUGGUCUUAUUGUUCUUCCCUUUACUUCUCUCAUCGAUUACUUUAUUCCUCGUCGGAAGCGUUUCCGACAAAACUGUCUGCUAUUACUUGGAUAACCUGUCGGACCCGCAAAGCAAACAGAUUGUCGGCAUCGUUCAGAACCGCUUCGAGAGAAUGCAUUACACGGAGUCUCUGGACGUGAUUCAAGGCGUGAAACCAAACUUAGCCGAUGUUCUCACCCGAUGUCAUCAGAAUCUCAGUCUUUUCAAUGUUUUGCAAUUGAAUCGAUUCAAUCAAAUUCAGAUACAUAGCGGCAAAACUGUUAACAACUUUAACAUCUCUGAGAUCUUGCAGUUUAAAGAUCGUUAUAGAAUUGAAGAAAAAUUGAGAGCAUUUUUGAAUCGCGUGAACGUUAACCCAUCGAAUGUGGUUCUGUUGACCAGCGAUGGCUAUCAACUGCUUGAGGGCCUAAAGGAGACCUCUUUAGGAACACUCAAUUUCUCGAGUUAUGCCAAUGUUAUUAAACACAGCAUUAGUCCCAUAGACUUGGUCUCCAUCUCUACAGAACUGGAACGGGAGGCCAAUCGACUGCCUAAGAAUGACUUCGACAACAUUGCAAGACUUCGAAACAUAGCCAUGGAUUUGAAAGUUCCCAUUAAUUUGGUCGUUAAAAUCAAGGAAACUAUUGAAACACUGACCGCCGGCGCGGAAAAGAUUGAACGCAAAGCUAAUUACGGAAACAAAGGUCUGAAAGAGGCGCUCACGAGGCUAUUAAAACAGGCAGAAGACGCACAAAAGUUUAUCUCAAGCAAAGGUCAUAUGGAAAUACAUUCAGUCGCCAAAGCAUUCGUUGAGGACAUGAGUGCUCUCGUCGAUCAAUACGCGCAACACGUGAUCGAAGAGAUCCAAACGGGAAUCGGACGGUGCGAACCCGUGAGUCGGGCCUAUAAUUCAUCGGUUUUGGCGCUCUGUAAAGAAACGGUUUUGCCAUUCGUACGUUUCGUUAAGAACGGCUACUGCAAAAGCCAUAACGAAGGCCCGGCUCCCAGCGCUCCGCCCAACAGAGCGGAUGAAGACAACUGGUCUCCGGGCUCUCUUCCGCCCCAUCUGUAUGGCUCGCGACCGCCUCCUUAUAAUUUUGUUGUCAAUUAGUUUCUCAUUUUAGUAUAUUUUGCUUUUUAUUUCAAAUUUUAAUUGAAAAUUAUAUUUUAUAUAAAUUAUUAUUUAUUGAAUGCUAUUAUAUUAGUCUUAUAUUUUGAUCACACGUUUUAGAGUUAAAUUCACGUCUAUUUUACAGAAUAUAUUUUUUAAUUGAAUACAAAAUUUGCAGAAUUAGUGAAUCUAAAACCGCUUCUUCUCUCGAGAAUAUGUUUUACAAUAUUUUGCAUAAAAUUACAACAAUAUUCAAAACGAUUGGCAUUUUUCCAAAUGCUAUUACAGUUUGGCAAUAGUUUAAGGAAUUCUCACAAAUAUUUAUAAUUAACUAUUGAAGAAAUGCUUAACGAAUCUAUUCAUUCAAUUAAAGUUGGGCUCAAUUUUGUUGUUCUUUCUCUCCUUCUUAUGAUCUCUAUUAAGGGAACACUUCAUCACAAAUACAUCCCGAAAACCACUCAUCUCUUUAUACCCUCAAUGUCUCAAUUAUUACUAUAUUAUUAUUAUUAUUAUUAAUAUAUUUUACAAUUAGUUUUGUAUUAUAUUUAUACAGCGUUUGAUUGGCAAAUAGUGUGCAAUAUUUGCAUUUUUGAUUCAUUAUUUGAUUCAUUCAUUUGAUGCCACAUUUCAGUCAUUUUACGUGUACUCCUAUUAUAUUGAAUUCUCUAUAAUACUCUAUAAUACUCUACUCUUUUAACUCUAUCUAUGGAUACAAACCAUAAUAUUAUAAAUAUUACUAUAAUUUGUUUUCUACAUCUGAUGUGCC